AUGGCUGCCAGGGAUAUUGCGAAAUACGUCGCUGCGUACGGCAAGCGCGUUGCGGCAUAUAUGCGUAAACUAAAGGGGAUCCGCAGAAUCGGACGUGCCAACCGUGCCGCGAUUAUCAACGACCGGGCUAAGGCGGCCCGCCGAAAGCCAGCACCUGCAAUCCCGGUCCUAAACACCUUAUCGCAACAUUCGCAAACCUCGAACUCCCGAUCGAGCAUUUCAAACAAAAAAGCGCGGCCAUACGAGGCGGCAGGGGCGGACAUCCGCAACUUCCUGCAGGCCGAACAGGAACGCGUGCACGAAGAAAUCGUUUGGGCAGCCGAAAUGGAGGAGGACGCAGCGGCUGCCGAACUUUGCCCCGCUGAUAUGAUAAACUUGGAAGCAACCCAUCGAUUAAUAUAA